CCCUGAGUCCAGUGAGGUCAUAUAUGUUGAUCCUUCCAAAACACUGGUAGGGCCCAGGUGCCUCCACCCUCUAACAGGCAGAUCAGCCCCUCCAGAGGCCGUGGUGGAUGUGGCCUGGGUUCUGGGCUCUGCAGGAGGAGGCACAGGCCCUUUUGUGAGCAGCAGACCGGCCUGAGGGCUGGCAGCAGGAUACCCACGUCUGCAUGCUGAAGAAGAUGGGUGAGGCUGUGGCCAGAGUAGCAAGGAAGGUCAACGAGACGGUGGAGAGCGGCUCUGACACCCUGGACCUGGCCGAGUGCAAGCUGGUUUCCUUCCCCAUCGGCAUCUACAAACUCUUGCGGAAUGUCUCUGACCAGAUCCACCUCAUCACUCUGGCUAACAACGAGCUCAAGUCCCUCACCAGCAAGUUCAUGACCACAUUCAGUCAGCUCCGAGAACUCCACCUGGAAGGGAACUUCCUGCACCGCCUCCCCAGCGAGGUCAGUGCCCUACAGUACCUCAAGGCCAUCGACCUGUCCCGGAACCAGUUCCAGGACUUUCCUGAGCAGCUCACCACCCUGCCAGCACUGGAGACCAUCAACCUGGAAGAGAACGAGAUUGUGGAUGUGCCUGUGGAGAAGCUGGCUGCCAUGCCGGCCUUGCGCAGCAUCAACCUCCGCUUCAACCCGCUCAACGCCGAGGUGCGCGUCAUCGCCCCACCACUCAUCAAGUUUGACAUGCUCAUGUCUCCGGAGGGCGCACAGGCCUCCCCACCGUAGGCCACCUUUCUCAUGCCCACCCAGCAAGGGACAGAGGCCACUGGCCUGGCACCCUAAGGGGAGGGGGGCCCAUGGGCCCAUGGGAGGCCAAGCUUGGGGGGUAGGGAGCGGGUGGGCUGUACAGCGUGUGGUGGGCAUGGGUGCAGCCGGACCAGGAUAGACAGCUUACAGCAGUAGUGGACUUGGAACGCCCGAGGGAGGAGGCAAGACGGGGGCUACAGCCUGGAUUUGGGCACUCGCAGCUGCUGUGCAGACGUGGGCAGAUCCCCUGCCCUCUCUGAGCCUUGUUACUUGGAGAAAGGCUCCUUAGAGGUUGUUUAGGCAGUAUAUGCCUCCAAGUUACCUCCAAAUCAUUGGGUACCUCUGAGCCGUCAGAUGAGCAUUGCUGAGCAUUUUCUGGGCCCCUGUGGGUUUGGGGCCUUGUUUCUAGUCCUGAGAACCAGUCGCUGCUCUGAGAGGAGUAGAAGACAACUUCCAUCUAUUUAUUGCUUCCUGAGACCCAACCCAGAGGAGACCCUUCACAGGGCCCCAUCCUCAGCUCUGGGGGUCCCUGGCCUGGCAGGGUGCUCAGUCCCCUACCAGGAGAGGGCUGGGGCUCUUGCUUCCUGGUAACACCUGUGGUUUGGAGAACCCUGACCUCUCACACACACAUACCCCCCCCCCCCACCGUGUCCUCCUCUGUGGAGCAAACACACUCAGAGUGCCCCAGGCCCCACCUGGUCUACACCUUUGUCUUGGUCUCUAGAGUUACCUGAAGCCCCAGGACUUGGGGCAAAGUCUGGCCAACCAAAUCCUAUGUCCUGUGGACCAGUGGCCACUUUACCGCUCCUAGAGUUAGGCUAUUCAGAGCUGAGACCACCACUCAGCACAGUAACCCCUUACCCCUGCCUGGGUCUCCUGUCUCUUGGUGAGGAGCUGACAGGUUGGGCCAUUGUUGGCCUGCCACUGAGGGCUCUGUGCCCCAAGGGAGACAUUGCUGACUAUGUUGAUUUCCUCAGGCCUGGUUGGUCAAACUCUAGGAAAAGGGUGUUCAGGAUCAGGAGGUCAAGACUCCUGACAGGAUCUCCAUGGAUACUGAGUCUAGCCGUGGACAUUGGGAGCAAGUAGGGGCUGAUCUGCAGGCUGGGCUGGCCCACCCACCCUGUGUCCUGGUGUGGAGUUUCUCCUUGUAAGAAAGACACAUACUUUUCUGACAUGCACAAAGGCAAAGUAUGGCCAGCGCCUCACAGCCCCAGGUGUGGUCUGGGGAGCAGCAGCUGCAGCGUCACCUGAGAGUGUGUUAGAAAUGCAGAGUCUCAAGCACCACACAGACCUACCAACUCAGACCCUGCAUUUUAUUAAGACCCCUAGAUGACUCCUGCAAGCACUUUAUAGUUUGGGAAGCAAGAGUGUAGGGAUGACCCUGGGCAUGUCCUUGGAGUAGAGGUGAAGGUUCUAUCAGUUCUUGCCUGCCACCUCCAGGGAGUUGUGGUCAGCCUUCUCCCUAACCCACCUAUGGGAGAUCAUUGGCUUCUUAGAUCUUUCCAGAGUCUGUGUGACACUCCCAAGGAAGGGAGUAACCCGCAGUCACAAGGAGAUGAGGUUUGGGUGUGCCUGGCCCUCUGGACUCUGCCUUUCUGGUUAACCCCUGCAUGCCAAGUUAGCUGCCUGCUGACCCAAGUGCUUCCAGAAGUGUUCUACUCUGCUUGGAGAGUUCUCCCUUGCCUCUCUGGGAAAGCGUGGGCAGUCAGAAAAGCUCCCGAAUCAGAGCUCACUGUGUGAGUGGGCCUUUUAGCUUCAGUCUGCAAUAAAGAAUGUAUUG